AUGAACUUUGUCAGAGACAUGAAUCUCCUCAAUUACGCUAGUAGAGUCUCCAACAUUGUCGACUCUCUCGACAUGGAAACAAAAGGUAUUCAUAGGUACCUCCCCUCAGAGAGAACUUGCUCCUCCUCUUUAAAACCCUACAUCUCCACACUCGGUGUGUGGAUAGCAGGAUGUGCUGGUCUUACAUCAAUGUCCUCCUUCUUCUUGGGACCUCUGCUCUUUGGACUAGGAUAUAGUGAUACAUUGCUGUACGGUAUCCUCGGUCAACUCAUUGGCUCUCUAGUUGCCGCUUAUUGCUCCAUCAUGGGGCCCCCCUCGGGACUUCGCCAAAUAUGCUCCUCAAGGUACCUCUUUGGCCCACAUUUCGUUAAAGUGGUGGCUCUAGUCUCCAUAAUUGGCGGUCUGGGUUGGAGUAUCACAAACAACGUCUUGGGAGGCGAAAUCUUAUCAAGACUCUCCUCAAACGGCAGCUUGAAUAACGGCCUACCGUUGUCUGUAGGGGUAGUCAUUGUCGCCGUAAUCACCUUACUCGUCGCCAUCUUUGGCAUAAAAUGGAUCCUCCUCUUUGAGGCCUUCAUGGGGAUAUGCUUCCUUGUUGUCAUUCUACUACUGUACAUUCUCUCAAGUGACAAGUACACCCUCUACAAACAUUUGCAAACCUCUCCCUCUGAGAACCACUUGACAAAAGUGGGGAACCGUAUCUCCUUCUUCACCCUGGCAUAUUCAACAACAAACACUUGGGGGACUUGCACGAGCGACUACUACAUUGUCUUCCCAGAGAAUGUCUCCAAGAUUGGCAUCUUCCUCUUCACCUUUGUGGCCAUCUCCAUACCAACCCUCUUUUCCACAAUCGUCGGUAUGCUGAUUGGUAACGCCGCUGUCGGCGACAACCUAUGGAACAGCAUUUAUAACGAAGAGUCCCUGGGGGGACUUCUCAAUGUCGUCUUUUCCAAAUGGGGGAAAUUCGGCAAGUUCCUCUUGGUGGUGCUCUGGUUUUCCCUGAUAACAAACAACAUCUUGAACACAUACUCAGCCGCCCUUAAUGCACAGCUCUUGGACACACGCAUUUACAGGUACAUCCCCCGGUGGCUGAUUGUCAUUGUCAUCUUCGCCAUAACACUAGUUUGCUCUCUACUGGGGAAAGACCAUUUCUCCUCAAUUCUAUCAAACUUCCUUCCAAUGCUAGGAUAUUGGGUGAGCAUAUACUUUAUUCUCUUGUUGGAGGAAAAUACCUUCUUCAGAUCAACCCGUUUGGUCAAACUCUUCAAAGGAGAAUUGUACGGCGUUCCUCUGCCAUUUCCAACUGCAUCCUCAACUUCAUCUAUAAACGACUGCAAUGAUACAUCGGAUGGCCUCGAGAAUAGGUCUCUUGUUGAUGGCUCCCUUGAGAAAAACACCAACGUGGCCAGCUCUAAGGAUACUUCCGAUAUAGAAUCACAAUGCCCCCCAAAUGACACUCACUCUGGUAAUAGUAUCCCACCUCUCGCCACGGUUCCGUCAAAACCCUUCUACAACUUCGACGCUUGGAACAACCCCCACAUACUCACCAAUGGAUAUGCAGCUGCAUUUGCCUUCUGUUGUGGCGUCGCCGGCGCCAUUGUGGGAAUGAACCAGGUCUACUAUGCCGGUCCAAUUGCACGUAAGGUUGGUGACGACUAUGCUGACUUGGGCACUUUUCUAGCAUUGGCCUUUGCCGGUGUGUCGUAUCCACUUGCCAGGUUCCUGGAACUGUAUUACCUAGGCAAGUAA